GGAACAGUAGAAUUAAUGAGUAAUAGUUUGAACCAAGAAUAAAUCGUACAGUCUAGUUUAAGAAUAAAUGGUACAGUCUAAGAAAGAAGUAGGUCCGACGAAGAGAACGGAUCUCCGGCAGGCGAAACCGGUUAGAAAUCGCGAAACAAUAAACUAUAAUAGCAGCGAGCGGCGGUACGGCCGGUGAUCGGUGUGUGCCACGGCGUGACACGGGAGAGCAAUGCCAAGGUCGUGAGAGGAAUUUUCAUAGGAUACGGCGCCGCGCCGGUUGGUCAAGAAAAUCUCGGUCACUGGAACUUUUAUUAUCCGAGGCGGCGCCGUAUUAGAGCCUCGAUGCUCCUAUCAGUAUUCCAUAUCUUACUCGGUACUUAUACCGAGUCAGAACUCACUAUUAAUAUUCUGUCUCCUUAAUUGGUAAACCACAAACAGGGUCAAUAUACUGGAAUUAAAUAUGUAUCGAUUAUUAAAUUGAUUAAAAAUAUUGUUCAUAAUGAAUAAGUAUGUCGAUUGUUAAAUGUCGACGUGUAUUAUCGUAUCGAUUUGCCAUAAGAGUGUUUCUCUGAUUAUCGAGUGGUCCACGAAACUUAUCUCGAUACCCGGCUCCCGGACAGUUGGCGCGGAUUCAAGACCGUGGCCGGUGCCUCGUCCAGCUCGGUGUUCCCCGGCUCACCGUCUCGCUCGCACCCUAACAUCUCCCCUAGAAUAACUCGGAGGUGACCACCGAGGAGGCAGCGGCCCGUGGCUCCCGUGCCGGCUGACCCAGGAAGACUAGUUGACCAGUUGCGCCGCGACUCCCGACUUCGACCCGUCGUUCGACGGCUCCGCCGCGCGCCGUUACGCAAUUAUUCGAUUUGCAAAUGACCGGAUCAAAUUAAAAAUGCAUACAAUGGGAUUAUGCAACACGAGAGCCGAAAUUUUCAUUGAUCAAACUUGCUUUUAAUAUGCCGCCGAGCUAUUAAACCCACGAUGUGGUUCACGAGAACAAAAGUCCCAUGUGUUAAGCAAAAAACGAGAAAGAAGUAAUGAACAGAACCGGAAGUUAAUCGAAGCAUCGCAAUGCCGUCGGUGCCAACGAUAUAUACUGGCGCCACGUCGCCCGACGUCACCAUCCAAGCUUCGUCGACGUUUCAAGAGACCAUGAACAACGGUAAAAUACUGAUGGAACAGGCGAACGAGCUGAACGACGCGAUCAUGGAGAAUCUAAGGAAACCGAUGGAACCGUUGAGGAAACGGCCUCCCUUGCCACCGCUCAAGAGACCCUCCAGUAGAGUCUUGAACCUGACGCGAAGCCCAUCACCGUCCAGCGCAUCGUCCAGCUUGUCCUGUAGAUCAAGAUCCAUUUCUACCUUGUCCUCGCGGACUCAUACGAGCUUGGAGUCUACUACGAACUUCUCCACGCCUCCUAGAAGAACGUUCCCCGUCUCUGCGUCCCCUGACUCUUUAGAGGACGUGUCGACUAAAGAACAAGCACCAGUCGUCUUCGACGCCAGUUUGAACUUCGUAUUAGGAUGCGAGAAACAGAGGGUGAGACAGUCGUUCAGGCCCACUGCCUCGCACAUGGAACCAACCACCGCGUCCUCCUAUUUAUCCUCGAAGAUCUCGCAGUUCUUGAAAAGAACGGAUCACGUGAUGGACGAAUGGCGUAGUCUCGGACAUAAAGAUGAUAUGGAGAACGGAGUAGAUUCGGCACAGCCGGUGUUCCGCGAAGGAGGCGCGAUCGGAAGAAGCCAGAGUGCGACGAACAUCAUGAUCAGAGGAUAUCAGUAUUACAGCAGGGCUAACAGCGUCGGCAAGAGCUGCUCUAGGAGAUCUGUGUCCAGGGCUUCGGAGGAUAGAACUAUCUCUGAUAGCGUUGGCCAGGUCUGGAGCUCUGCAAUCUUCGUUUUAUAUCAAUGAUAUUAAUUAUAGAUUGUCCAACUUAUUUUAAA